AUGAGCGAGCAGAGCCACGUCAACAGCCUGUUCCUCAAUGAGGACGCAGCCAAGCGGCUCCACGCUGACAGCCGGGUGCAGCACUUCCGGCAGGCUGUGCAGAAGCGGGCGGCACGGGCCAAGAAGCGGAUGCACAGCAUCACUGCUGAGAGCGCUAAAAGCUUCUUCAGGAGAAAUGCCUUCGUCCUCUUCACCAUUGCUGCGGUCCUACUAGGGAUUAUCCUGGCCUUCUCCCUCCGGCCCUACCAGAUGACCUAUCGCCAGAUCAAGUAUUUUUCCUUCCCUGGUGAGCUGCUGAUGCGUAUGCUCCAGAUGCUGGUUCUUCCUCUCAUUGUCUCUAGCUUGAUUACAGGAAUGGCCUCACUGGAUAGCAGAGUCUCAGGGAAGAUGGGGAUGCGGGCUAUCAUCUACUACAUGGUGACCACAAUCAUAGCUGUCUUCAUUGGCAUCUUCAUGGUGAUCAUCAUACACCCAGGAAAGGGAUCUAAGGACAAACUUCACCGAGAAGGCAGAAUUGAGCAGGUGCAGACCACGGAUGCCUUCAUGGACCUGGUGAGGAAUAUGUUCCCGCCCAACCUGGUAGAAGCCUGCUUCAAACAGUACAAGACUCAGUACAGCACCAGGGUCUUCACCAGAACCAUCAUCCACAGCAGCAAUGUCACAGAAGAUGUGACAACCACUCAGAUCCCUGUGCCUGAAAAUUUCACCAGCAUCAUGGAGAAUGUCACUCAUGCCCUGGGAACCAUCUCUGAGGUGCUGACUUUUGAAGAAGUCAUUCCCAUCCCAGGCUCAGCCAAUGGGGUGAACGCUCUGGGGCUGGUAGUGUUCUCCAUGUGCUUCGGUUUGAUGAUCGGCAGCAUGAAGCAGAAGGGACGGGCCCUGCGGGAGUUCUUUAACUGCCUCAACGAAGCCAUCAUGAGGCUGGUGGCCAUUAUCAUCUGGUAUGCUCCAGUUGGGAUCAUGUUUUUAAUUGCGGGCAAAAUCCUGGAGAUGGAUGACCUAGCAGUGAUGGGAGGCCAGCUGGGGAUGUACACGCUCACUGUCAUUGUUGGACUCCUCAUUCAUGCCCUUUGCAUCCUGCCCCUGCUCUACUUCAUUGUCACUCACCGAAACCCCUGGGUGUUCAUUGCAGGGCUCCUUCAGGCUCUCAUCACAGCCCUGGGCACCUCCUCCAGCUCAGCGACUCUGCCCAUAACCUUCAGGUGCCUGGAAGAAAACAAUGGUGUGGACAGGCGCAUCACGAGGUUUGUGCUGCCUGUAGGAGCCACAAUUAACAUGGACGGCACUGCUCUGUACGAGGCCCUUGCAGCCAUCUUCAUUGCUCAAGUCAACAACUAUGAACUUGACUUUGGGCAAAUCAUCACAAUAAGCAUCACUGCCACAGCAGCCAGCAUUGGAGCCGCUGGUAUUCCCCAGGCGGGACUGGUGACAAUGGUUAUAGUACUGACAUCAGUGGGGCUGCCUACUGAAGACAUUACACUGAUCAUCGCUGUGGACUGGUUUCUGGACCGCCUUAGAACAACUACCAAUGUCCUGGGGGAUUCUCUGGGGGCUGGCAUUGUGGAGCAUCUCUCCCGGCAUGAGCUGGAUGCGCAAGACUGCGAACUUGGUAAUUCUGGGAUAGAGGAGAAAGAACAGCUCUCCCACCUGGUUUGCCCACAGAAUGACACCCACAGGCACGCCAGAAGGGAGACAGCACUGUGA